AUGUCUUCACCACGCUACCCACAGUCCAAUGGUCAUGCCGAAGCUGCCAUGAAAUCCAUUAAGCACUUGAUCCUCAAGACAGCACCUUCUGGCAAUAUAAACUGUGAGGAGUUUGACCAGGACCUUUUGGAACUGCGUAAUACCCCCAACAUCACAGGCUGCUCUCCAGCACAAAUCUUGUAUGGCCAUCCACUCUGUACCUGCGUACCUGCUCAUCCACAGUCUUUCUCGAAGGAGUGGCAAUCCAAGUCUGAGGACUGUGGCCAUCGUGCAGCCACCCACGCUGAACACGUGAAGAUACAGUAUGAUCAGCAUGCCCACCCACUUCCCAGAUUGAACAUUGGCUAA